AAUCUGGCAGAAGUCAUGAGAAAUACAGUAACAGCAGGAAAAAGGAGGACAGAGGAGAAAUCCGAAGACAGAGUCAACGACAAAGGAUAUCUUCCACUAUAAUCUUCUCCAUUGGCUGUCCUCCUCUAGUCUUUGCAGCAUGAUCCUUCAGUCCCCAAAAUUUAGCUCCGUUAGUCCGAACUUGAAUCUUCAGCCAACCAGCAAGGUAAGUUCAGUCGCUAAAACUUGUACAACCCUAACAAAUAUGAGCAGAUGUUGCCAAGCAGGAGAUGACAAGUUCAAAGAACCGAAGGAAAACGGCCUCAAAGACAUUAAUACUGUCCACAGCAGUACAAGAUGCUCUUGCGUUAGCAGAAGACAACUCCUUCAGGCAUUUGGCACUGCUCCUUUCUCAAGUGAUCCUUCAUCUGCCUCAGAUUCACCUCCCAGCGAUCCCCUGGCUACGUUGAAAAAAGUUCGCCCUCCAAAGCCAGAUUGGUACGAGGAGUUAUAUGCGUGGGUUAUGGGGAAAUUCAAUAAACGUUACGAGGCUGAGAUUGCAGACUAUAAGUCUCAACUUUUUGCUAAUCUGAGAGGAAAGGCUAACAAGAUUUUGGAGGUUGGUGUUGGGACAGGUCCCAAUCUCAAAUACUAUGCAAGUGAACCAGGCGUUGAAGUUUUUGGUGCGGACCCAAACAUAAAAAUGGAAAAGUAUGCGCGGGCAGCAGCACAGGGUGCAGGCCUUCCGCUGACAAACUUUAAAUUUACACAAGCAGUUGCAGAGGCUCUGCCCCUUGGUGAUGCAUCUGUGGAUGCUGUAGUGGCCACACUUGUCCUAUGUUCUGUCAAAGAUGUUGACUUGGCGCUGCAAGAGAUUAUGAGGGUGCUUAAGCCAGGUGGGCUCUAUGUGUUUGUGGAACACGUAGCAGCAGAAGGUAAUAAAGAUGUACUUCCUAUUUGCGAUAAUAUGGAACAAGUCGGAGAUUUUUCCAAGGGAUUCUUGAUCCUUUGCAGCAGUUUUUUGCUGAUGGCUGUCACUUCACUAGAAAAACUGGAGAAGUUAUUGCUAAAGCGGGCUUCUCAUCAGUUGAACUUCAGCGGGCAUUUGUGCCUUCUGCCUCGAUAGCAAAUCCUCAGGUUUAUGGGAUAGCUCGCAAGUAGCCUAGAUUAAUGUUAUGCCACAUAAAAUAUUCCUGCUGCAAACCUUGGAAUAAUUAUUUGAAUACUGUUGAGUGUGUUUGGAUAGAGUACUAUUUGAAAUAUGCGUGUUUGGAUUGUAAAUUA